AGAACGAGCUGCCAACCCAGCAAGAGCCACUCACUCGUGCGAGACACUGCCAUUUCAACGCCGCCUGGCUGCGCCCAUCGACAAGUCUGUCAUCCGAAUCGAGCCUCAUCAGGUGGCCGUUUCUAUUGCUUCUUUACUUAGUCUAACCCCUCCCCCAAGGUGUCUCUCGCUUAGACUUACUUCCCUUCGCUUCUCGACGGGCCCGUUGUUCACGACCUCUCCUACCGCCCUUUUAUCUUCUUUUGCAGCGCACAGCUUCUAUCUUGCGGUUUCAUGCUCGGACCAUUAUGGCAGACCUGCAAACACAGCCUCCGACGUCGUCGGCGGGGGCAAAGCCUCGCGAUAUCCGAGUUAACCUGGCCAUUCCGCCCACCUCUAUCGCAAUGCCCACGCUUUCCACCGCAGCCCGUCUAAGAAACCAUCUUGGUCUUGACACUUACUCGCCCGUCAACCAAAACGGCAGUUUCGAGUUCGACCGUGUCAUCAAGAGCGGCUACGUGCAAAAGCGCACACAAAAGACAAAGGCAUGGAGGACAAUAUACCUGGUCCUACGCCCAAAUGCGCUUUCGAUUUACAAGUCCGACAAGGAGGAGAAGCUGCGGCAUAAGAUAUACCUGUCAGACUUAACUGCGGUCACGCUGCUAAAGGAUCCAAAGAACAAGAGACCCAACGUGUUUGGUCUCUUUUCGCCAUCCAAAAACUACCACUUUCAGGCACCCACACUCAAGGACGCCCAGGAGUGGGCAGAACUGAUCAGGCAAGACGCCAGGAUAGAAGAGGAGGAGGAGGAGAUGUUCUUAGCGAGUCCCGUGGCGGGACAGCGAUUCUUCAAAGGUGUUCAGUUUGAUACCGAUGUCAACCGGCUGGUGUCGGAUGCGGAGCGGAUUGCAUCGAGCUCUCCCGAACCUCUGGAGCCGCAACCACGCACUCGGUUCCCGGCGUCACCUCGGCGGCCUUCACAGGUAGAUUCAUCCGGCAUGUCAGGGGCCGAACUUGCCUCGCACUCGGACUUUUCGGAUUCGGAUGUGCAGCGAUUUCCGGGCGCUUCUAUAGAAAGCCUCGCUGUCAAAUCACCGCCGGGUUCCUCGGCACAACCCAGGCCCGGGAUGGGGCCGGUGAACGCCAGCCAGAUCAGCGGAAUCAACAUCGAGCACGACCCGGACCGCGUCAUCUGGCAAGGAUGGAUGUGGUUCCUCCGGAGCAAAGGCGGAGUCAGGCAGUGGAAAAAGUCAUGGGCUGUUCUCCGGCCAAGGAACCUCAUUCUCUACAAGGACGAGACCGAGUACUCGGUCUUGUUCCUCGUCUACCUAUCCUCGAUUGUCAACGUUGUGGACAUUGAUCCGACGAGCCGGAAGAAGAGGCACUGCCUCCAAAUAAUCACGGACGAGAAGAGCUACAAGUUUUGCACCAGCGACGAGGAGGCGCUGGUUCGGUGUCUAGGAGCUUUCAAGAGCCUCUUAGCAAAGCGCCGGGAACUCGAAGCCAAAGUGGCAGCAAGCGUUGACGCCGGCACAUCUGCCUGAGGCGAUGGCUUCGCCCAGUCAUUUUCGCGUUUCACUACUUGAUAGUACCCGAUAGGCUUCGCGGUGUUGCGGCGAGCGGGGUCUAUCACACUCAUGUUGUCGCCAACCUAGCUCGUCGGUGGCUCACUCACUUACUAGUAAUGGCGCUUGCCAGCGCUUUUGUUCUGUACACUCCGUUACGACGACUUACGACUUAUGACGAGACGGGCUGGAAAUAGCAAUACUCAUCACCCGGCUGAGUGCAACGACGGACAAAUGAAGUUUAUUAAUUAUGCAUACUUCUUGUAUUUCGCGUCAAUCACACGUGUGUGAGUA